AUGGCGGUGGACGGCAACGCGAAGACGAGGUCAGUCCGGGGCUGGCACCUGGAUGCCGGUCGACUGCUGGCGGUGUCUCCGGACGGGAGGAGAAUAGCCUGCGCAGCCGACAGGGACCUGUUCGUCGUGUGGCAGCCGGAAGCCGCGGAAGGAUGCAUUCCUGACUACUACUCCCUUAAGAUGAGCCAUGCGAUAGAGGACCGCGCGUGCAUGGACAAGAUUCUGCAGGCCUUCGGGCCCGCCCUGUUCAAUUACCCCAACCUCAUGGGCAUGUCGCUGUUCCUGCACGCCAUCCUCGACGACAACGUGGACUGCGUCUCCAUGAUGAUCAGGUGGGCGCUGAAAGAGGACGUGAAGGUGUCCAUGUUCACGUACCCCGUGCAAGGCACGGAACGGACGAACGGCCUCCAAAUGGCCAUCAACCGUCGCUCACCGGCGAUCGUGCGCCUGCUGGUGAACGCCCUGCUGGGCGGCCUCACCACGGAGCAGGUCAUGGUAGACGUGUUCCAGAAGUCGCUGCUGAACUUGGGCGAGGUGUACCCCUCGCUCCUCAUGGAGGUGAUAGGCGACGACAGGAUGCUGCAGUCCAUCGGGGAGAUGCAGUGCCCGGAACACAUCUUUCACAAGGACAGGUUCUUCACGGGAACCAGCGAUAAGUACUGGCCUCCGGAUUUCGGGCUGGCCAAGCUGUGGGAGGAGCUCAGUCCCCAGACGCGAGCCGACAGGAACACAGUCAUGCUGCCCGCAGUCGCGAAGGUCAUCCCCUAUCCGCACAUCGCACAGAUUGGCGGCAACGGCAUCCUCAGGCCGCUGCUCGUCAACGACGUGCCUCCCCGGACAUUCAGCUCCAAGACCCUGCAGUGCGUCAUAUCGUACAAGUGGGAGAACCACGCCAGGCAGCUGCUGUACGACGAGAUAUGGCACUACGCCAUGCUGCUGGCGCUCUUCACGGGGUACACCAUCAUCCUCGGGUUCGAGAGGGAGGAGUGGAGCAGCAUCCGGGACGUCGCGGACGGCUCCCUGGGCGUCUCGGCCAUCGCAUUCCUGGUCGGCACCUGCCUGCUGGCCGUGGCCAAUCUAGUCAGGGAGUGCAAGCAGAUCAAGGUCUCCAGGAGCGACGGCAAGAUCAGGGGGUUCAACGGGUUCAUGGUGUGGCUGAGGUCCAAGUGGAACAUGUGGGAGUGGAGCUCCUACAUUUCGAUCAUCGUCAUCAUCCCCAUAGUGCACCUGACUUCGUUCCUGGAGGACCUCAGGGUGCACGAGUCGUGGCUGGUGGCCGUGACGUCCAUAAUGCUGUGGUGGAAGAUGCUGUAUUACAGCAGCGCUUUCCGGCCCACGGGGCCGCUGGUCAUCAUGAUCUUCGAGAUAAUCAAGGACAUCUCCGUGUUCAUUUUCACAGCGUUCGCGAUUCUGUUUGGCUUCGGGAUUGCCUUCUUCGUCGUGUUCCGGCACGACGUGGAGGAGAACGAGGACGUGUCCUCCCAGUUUGGCUCCGUGGAUCGGGCGCUGUUCACGACCUUCGGCAUGAUGCUGGGUGAGUUCGACAUCCAGCUCUUCUACACGACCAAGCUGCCCUUCGUGUCGCUGGCUCUGUUCGUGGUCUACAUGAUGGCCAUGAUGAUCGUCCUCCUCAACCUGCUGAUCGCGAUCAUGGGGGACACAUACGACCGCGUGAAGAACGUCGAGGAAGUGGCGUUCCUCCGCUCGCGGGCAUCGGUCAUUGACGACAUAGAGAGCAUGCUGUCAGAGUCUGCAAAGCGAAAGCUCGAGUAA